UCAGCUGCUCUGCGUAACGGGGAGCCGCUGUCUAUGUAUCCAUAAAUGGCGGAAGAGGUCUUGAUUGAGUCUUCUGGGAAAAUCUCUGGGCAUCUGACCAAGUCCCUGUUAGCGGUAGCUUUUCUCUCGUCCUUCGGCAGCUCCAUGUUGUAUGGCUACAACCUGGCCGUAGUCAACUCUCCUGCUGAGUACAUUAAGGAAUUCUACAACAGCACGCUGAUCAGGAGAAAUGGCGAGGGCGUGGAUGAGCAGACCCUUACGCUCAUGUACUCAGUCACCGUCUCCAUCUUUGCCAUCGGCGGCCUUAUCGGUUCCUUCAUGGUGGGAAUUCUCGUCAGCAGAUUCGGGAGAAAAGGGACACUGGUGUACAGCACGGUGCUGGUGUUCAUAGGGGGCGCUCUCAUGGGCUCCAGUAGGAUGUGUGGCUCACCUGAGAUGAUCAUCGUUGGGAGGUUUAUCACCGGGAUACACUCAGGGAUCUCGCUCAGCGUUGUGCCCAUGUACUUGGGGGAGAUUGCGCCGAAGAACCUGCGAGGGUUCCUAGGACUCGUGCCCAGCAUCUUUAUCUGCAUCGGAGUCUUCAUCGCUCAGAUCUUGGGUCUGCACGAGCUGAUGGGGAAGGAGGAGUACUGGCCCGUGUUCCUCUCUCUGGUCGUGGUGCCCACCUUCAUCCAACUCAUGCUGUUGCCAUGGUUUCCAGAAAGUCCACGGUACUUGCUGAUAGAGAAGCGAAACAUCCACGCCACCAUCACAGCCCUGAAGUGGUAUCGCAGGCGGAGCAACAUCCAGGCAGAGGUGGAGGAGAUGCAGGAGGAGCAGCGGUCACUCUCGUCCGUCCAAACUCUGUCCGUGCUCGAGCUGCUACAGGACCGCACCGUCCGCUGGCAGGUGCUGACUGUCAUGGUGGUCAACGCCGGCAUGCAGCUCUCCGGCAUCGACGCGAUCUGGUUCUACACCAACGACAUCUUUGAGAAUGCGGGCAUCCCCCCGUCCCAGAUCCAGUACACCACGGUGGGCACCGGGGCCAUCGAGGUCAUCGCGGGCCUAGUCGGGUGCUUCACCAUUGAGAGACUGGGCAGAAGACCCCUGAUGAUUGGUGGAUUCAGCUUCAUGGGAUUCUGCUGUGCUGGAAUCACGCUGUCACUUAUCCUUCAGGCCCGUGCCCCCUUCAUGCACUACAUUAGUGUGGCCUGUGUGGUGGGAAUCAUCGCUGGCUUCUGCAUAGGACCAGCCGGUGUGCCUUUCUUGAUGACGGGGGAGCUCUUUAAGCAGUCCCACAGACCUGCUGCCUUCAUAGUGGGAGGGUCACUCAACUGGCUGUCCAACUUUACCGUAGGAUUCAUCUUCCCUUUCCUGCAGAUGUCCGCCGGGGCCUACUGCUACCUGGUCUUCUUCGGCGUGUGCGCGGGGGUGUCGGCCUACGUCUACUUCAUCAUCCCCGAGACCAAGAACAAGACGUUUGUGGAGAUCAGCCAGAUGUUCAACACCAAGGACAACUCUAUGGAGAUCCACGCCCUGGGCAUCACGGCGCACGGCAGCAAGAUGAACGGCUACGGCGCCCUGGAUGAGGAGAGGGAGAAAUAAAGGGAGAGGGGAAGGAAUAGAGGAGUGGUGGAUGAAGAGGAAGAGAAACAGAGGAUAAGAAAAUUUGAGUCAGAGGCAGAGGAAGGGUAGAUUUAGCUGGCUGCUAGCUGGCUGUGGGGUGGUGUGUGUGUGUGGGGGGGGGGGGUCGGUUAGGAAUAUGUUGCACAAAACUCUGUACUGUCUGUUUUGCCUGUGGGGGUUUUAGCAUAAUGGAUUGGAGUUCAAUGAGUACUCUUAACAGUUCGGUACAAUCAUCUGUUGUCGUUCGUUGUAUUUAAAAAUGUUAUUUGGUUUUGUGCCAGAGUUUUACAGAAGAGGUUCUUUGGCACAUCCCUCAAAAAGUGCCGCAGAGAGCCUGAUGUACUACUGCUGUGGUGGGAUGAAUUGCCUCUGCAUAUGAAUGUAUAUGAAUAUGUCUUUAAAUGCAGUUUCUCACCUUUCUCCAUCCUCUGUGUCUGUAUGAGGAUUGUGAGUGACAAGUGUACAUUUACCAGGCACCUGUGGUACCUAUAUGUGAACCAUGUACAUGUGUUACAUCAUUGGAAAUGAUUGAGCUGUUUCAUAAUUUAAAUCAUCAUUCUUUUCCAUUUACUCAAAAUGUUACUGAUGAGUUAGUUGCAGAGUCAUGCUGAGCACCCAGUCAUGUGUUGUAAUUUGUACUUUCUUAAGUUAUAGUUUCUGUUUUAUAUCCAGACUUCACAUGAUUCCUAUUUUCCAGUGUUAUCAGUGAUUGGAACCAGUCAUAAAUACCUGUAUUCAUUCAUUCAUCUGCAUUUCAACAUGGUGCCUACGUAACGUUUGCCUCCUCCUUAAAGGUUGUAUCAGCGAUCGCAGGCCCAAAAAAGGUCCAAACAUAAAUGAUCACAUUAAUUUAAUCUUCCCUAACGAGCCGCUAGCUGCCUGCCCCAUAAGCAGGCCGUCAAAAAAAACACG